AUGGCGAACACAUACGACGAGUUGUACGUACCCCUCAGCUACUACCUUCUGCAUAACGAAGGCAGUCAGGCGGGCACGGCUAGCGAGCAGCCGGGGAAAAAGCCAGGCAAGAAACCAGUCAUCAACAAGUCCUCCCUCAUUAUCGACAUAAAGCCGUACGGAGAAGAAACCAACCUGGACGAAGUGUUAAAACUGGUGAAGGAAAUCGAAAUGGAGGGGCUGACCUGGGGAAAGGCGCACAAAAAGACGCCCUUUGCCUUUGGCCUCUUCAAGCUACAGGUCUCCUGCGUCAUCGUGGACGACUUGAUAAACACAGACGAACUGAUCGAGAUGAUAGAGAACGUGGGGCUAAGUGAGCAGGACGUUAAGAAGAAAAAGGAGCUUCAGGAAUUGAUGGAAGGCGAAGAGUUGGAUGAGGAGGUCGAAGGACUCGUUCAGUCCGCCGAGAUUAUUUCCUUUAACAAGUUGUAA